AUGGGCAUGGACCACUACACCAAGGUCAGGGACCUUGGUGGGACCAACGGUGCCUUCCUCGCGCGCGACCGGCAGCAGCCGGACCGGCUCGUCGUCAUCAAGCGGCUGGCGGAGGGCACGCAGGGGGUUGAGGAGCUGAACGCAUCGCUGCGGCUGCGGCAUCCACAUAUCGUUCGCUUCCUCGAGUCCUUCUUCUAUGAUGGAAGCCUUUUCGUCGUCAUGUCGUACGAGUCUGGCGGCGACCUCGACGGGCUCUUCCACUACCUCACCCAGCACCACAAGACCCCGACCACACACACACUGCUGCUCUGGUUUGUUCAGCUGCUGGAGGCCCUUGUGUACUGCCACGAUCACAGUGUCAUCCAUCGCGACAUAAAGCCGGGCAACAUCCUCGUCUCGACGGACACGAAAGUGCUUUACCUAGGCGACUUUGGAUCUGCCAAGACCCUCAGCAUCUCCAACGUCACCUCCACGUUCGUCGGCUCGCCGAUGUGGAUCUCGCCGGAGGUGUUGCUGGGCACGAGUUACAGCUAUGCUGCCGAUGUGUGGUCAAUGGGCUGCGUGUUCUACGAGAUGGCAACGCUGCGCAAGCCGUUCUCGGCCCCGAGCUUCGCACACCUCGUACAGCAGAUCACUUGGGGUCACAUCACGCCUCUCCCGCCGCAUGUGGCGCAGGAGGUGAGGUCGAUUAUUCACUCCAUGCUCGUGCUCGACCCCGCGCAACGCGUGACUGCCAGGGAGGCGCUGGAGGUGGCACGAGUCGCACUCGACCGCGCUGAGGAGCUCCGCCGUGCGUCGCUGUCUCCAGUGCGCUCUCCAGCAAGGCUGUCCAAGCCCCCCGUCGCAUCCUCACCUCCCCUACCGGUGUCACCGCCGAAUGUGGCUGCCUACCAGCCGCGGCAGCAUCCACUGCCGCAAUCACCGCAGUCCUACUCCUCGCCCCCGUCCGCGGGUACGACGCCACCGCCCGCCAGCGCCACAAGCGACCCGCUGCUGGUUGUCGCGGCAGAGGCGAAGGCCGGCGAGGAUCCCACGCCACAGGGCUCCCAUCCCACUGCCAUUGCAGCCGCACCUGAAUCCCUGUCUCACGUGGCCGGUGUGAAGCAGCUUCCCGACGUGUCGUCGCCUGCGUUGACCGCGCCAGAGUCGACCACGUCAUUCACAUCACUGCCGUCUAUGGUGGCAUUUCCUGUGCCAAAGCAGCCACCGGCGGUGCUUGCGGUGGCGGCAGAAGCAGCCGUGGGGGACAAGCCGGAGCGGCACCAGGCGGUGCCGGCAGAGGCGGCACAACUGUGCAUGCCGCAGCAGGUGGCUCUGCAGAUCUCCACCGAGGGCUUCUUCAGAAAAGAAGUGCAGACCAAGGAGGCACCGAAGCGCAAGAGCGUGGGGGCGCCCAAGGCAAGUCCGCUGCCGCAACGGCAACGAGUGCCGAGUGUUCCGGCACAGACCGCACUAUCAACCGAGGCACCGAGGUUCGUGCGCCAGAUCAGCACCGACUCGAUGGUCAUUCGGUGUACUACGAGCGCCACCGCAGCUGGCCGCACAAGGGCAGCGGAGCUGCCUACACCCUCGCGCAGAACCGGUGGGUCGACGAAGGUGGUGGUAAAGGCAGUGCCACCAACGCAUGUACCAAAGCGCGCCUUGGAUGCGGCAGAAAAUCUCACGAACCCACCGUGUGUGCCGAGAGAGUCACCGACUCGGGGGGCGCGCGGCCUCAACGAAGCGCAACAGAAGUCGGCGCCAAUGCCGCCCCCCAAGCCAGCCGCCCAGGCUUCCGACGCCGCACCGGCGGACCAGUGGUUUGUUCUGCGGAUGCGUGACCUGCGCGCCAUGGAGAAGUACCUCCACCAUCAUCGUGUGGAUGACGACAAGGCGUUGAAGACGUAUGAUCAACGGCGGGACAAAGAGGGGCAGCCAUGCGACUCGGCCCCGGCGGUCCGUGCAGCAGACAAGCCUUUAGCGGCGCCACACCGCCGCACCUUUACGAAGAAGCCCGCCAAUGCGCCGCAGUCACCCGGCGUGCUUAUCCUGACCCCACCGCGCCAUCGCUGCCUGAUGGAAGGCAUCCCCGCACCGCCUCUACUGUCCGCUGCGCGACAGCAGCAGCAUGGCGCGGCUACGGUAGAAGCGCGCCAUGGUGCCGCGGCCGUACCCUUCUCACGGCAAGUGUCGUACGCUCGUCAGGCAUCGCACCCUGCCUGUGACGCCGACUCACGGCAGGGCAGCCUUCCAUCUGCCUACAACGGCCGCCAGGCGAGUCACACUCGGGGGCGACCGCGCGUGUCACUAGAGGAGCAGCUGAAGAGCGCGGAGGGGCGCGUGGUCGCACGCGUGAAGCGCGAGGAAGAGCGGCAGCGGAUGAAGGAGCUAAUUAAAGCCCAGCGCGCCGCAGCGAAGAAGCAAAAUCGCAAAGCCAAAAGGGACGGCGCUAUCGAUGUCCAGAUCGUCCUGCCAGACCACGUGCGCCACACCACCAACUGCGUCGUGUCGGCGGACUAA